GUGAGUUGCGGAACGUGCGCCCAUCCCCUUCGCACCGCGUCUCACUUCAAUCUAGGAACCUCUCACGGCUAUUACAUACGGCUUUAAAGUGUACAUCUCGUCCGGGGGAUUCGUCGUCGUCGUCGUCGUCGUCGUCGUCGUCGUCGUCUGUGCCCCCCAGCAUCAGACAAGUUAGUCGGGCCGCAAGAAAAAGAAGAAAAAUCGUCCCACGUAUCGAUAACGUCCGUCCGGUCGUUCCUGUUCGCAAGUUAACUCGGGGAAAACUAGCCGACAAACUUCAGCAAGGGGGGACGGUUGCGUCAAACGGUGCAUCGACCGCGCACUUGUCAGUCCGCGACUCAACUUACGUCGAAGGAUGUUGAUGCACAACGGUAGUGGUAUCGUGGCUGGGCCAUUGGCUUUCGCCAGCAGAGUCGGAGAUGUACAGCCGCUGCAAGAACGUUUUUUAGGAUGGAACUUCCCCGCCGAGCACGCGGACCUCGUGCACCCGCAUUGGCAUGUAUUCCUCGCACCCGGAAGACUAUGGCACGUCGCCCUCGCGCUCAUUUACCUUUUGCUCCUGAUGCUGUCCCUCGUAGGAAACGGCAUCGUUAUUUGGAUUUUUAGCACAUCGAAAUCACUGAGGACACCAUCGAACAUGUUCAUCUUGAAUUUGGCCGUGUUCGACCUGCUGAUGGCAACGGAGAUGCCUAUGCUGAUCAUAAACAGCUUCCUGGAGCGAACGAUUGGUUGGGAGACCGGAUGCGACGUAUAUGCUUUGCUCGGCGCGAUUUCCGGGAUGGGACAAGCGAUCACGAACGCGGCGAUCGCAUUCGAUCGAUACAGAACAAUUAGCUGUCCGAUUGACGGUAGAUUGAGUGGAAAACAAGCUAUGGUGCUAGUUCUGCUUACAUGGUUUUGGGCACUACCAUUCUCGAUAUUGCCUAUGACGGGGCUGUGGGGUCGGUAUGUGGCAGAGGGUUUUCUCACCACAUGUAGCUUCGAUUAUCUCACGGACAACGAGGACACGAGGACGUUCACGAUAACGAUAUUCUUCUGGGCGUAUGUUCUUCCUAUGCUGCUAAUUAUAUACUUCUAUUCGCAAUUGCUGAAGUCUAUUCGUACUCACGAAAAAAUGCUCCGCGAUCAAGCUAAAAAGAUGAACGUCAAGUCACUCGUAUCAAACCAGGACAAAGAGAGGAGCGUUGAGAUGAGAAUCGCGAAAGCCGCAUUUACGAUAUUCUUCCUCUUUUUACUUGCGUGGACACCUUACGCGGUUGUCGCUUUAACUGGAGCCUAUGGAAAUCGCGAAGUGCUUACUCCGCUGUCGACUAUGUUACCAGCCAUAUUCGCCAAGACGGUGUCGUGCAUCGAUCCAUGGAUAUACGCAAUCAACCAUCCUAGGUAUCGACAAGAACUGCAAAAGCGCUGCAAAUGGAUGGGAAUCCGAGAAAAAGUGGCCGAGGAUACCGUAUCGGCGCAGACAGAGAAAAUAAACGCGGAAGAAACGUAAUCUUACUGUUAAUCAACAUUAAUGACUGUUGUCGAGAGGACAUCGAUCGAUCGCAGUGCAUUCGCACCACAAAUGCAACUUCGACCGAUCGCCUAGAUUUUUUUUAAUACAUCUCAUUAAAAAGAUAACCGGACGGAAACUUCGUUUCAUGAUAUGACUAUGUGGCUUCUAUGUGAAUUUUACGUGAAUAAAAAAGGAAUACAAAUUUUAGUUUAUAUGUAUUAAGCUAUUACUACAAAUAUAAUCACAGCAAAAUAAA